AUGAUAAAAAGCAUUCCACUCCGGAGAGCGUCACCUGCUGCAUCGUUAAAUGAUCCAGUUCAAACGUCAGAAAAUCUGCAGAUUGCGAUAAAUAAUGGAAGUCAAUUGACAAUUUUAGAUCCAAAAUUACCUUCAAUUCAUAAAACUUUGACGCUUCCAGCACCAGGGAAAGACCCAAUUCUCGAUCCUUCGGAUUUAUUCGAUAUAAGCUCAACUUUAUGGCUAGAACAAUUAGAAUCUUUUGGAAUACGGUCAUUGAGUAACCUUUUAGUAGAGACUUGUGACCAGACAUAUCAUUUAUCAAGAAUUUUUGAACCACAGAUCAUCUCACACAAAUGGUCUCCCUUAAACCCAUUAACAAAAGAUUGUUAUCUUGGGAUAUUGCUCAAUACUUCUGAGCUUUUCAUACUAGAAAGACAAACUCUUGAUUUAAUCAAUUAUAGACCGGCUUUUAAGAUCUUUAAUAACUUGUUAGAUCAAUUAUAUUUAUCCAGAGAUAAAAUUGCAGCAGAUGGGAAGAUUAAGGUGAACAAUGAACAAUACUCUUCACUAAUGAUAGAAUCAUUUGAAUUUAGUCAAGUAAUGAUCAGCGAAGGUGAGGCUAUCCCGCUUUUAAGUAUUGGAACGGGAUCAAAUGAAAUUUCUAUUCACCAAUUAAACAAGAGUUUUACAAAGUUAUUAACUAUUGAAAACCAACCUUCUAAAAUAGUAAAACAGGUAUGGUCUAAAUGGAAAAAGUCUAACAGCAAUAAUUUUACUAGUUUUUUAUCGUUCAUAUAUGCUGAUAAUCGAGUGACUACAGCAAAAUUGUUUUUUGAUAUAUCGACAAGUGAAAUUAGCAUUGGAAGGCUAAGUAAAGUUUCACCAAAUAAGUCUAGGUUCGAAGUUCAUGAAUUAGCUUAUACAGAGAAUGACCAACUAAUUGUAAUCUCAUCAACUUCGAUGAGGAUUUUUCAAUUAUCGAAAGAAAAUGAAAUGGUCAUCGACCAUAAGCUUCAACACAGAUCUAGAGUAUCAAAUGUUUUGCAAUUUAAUAAGUACGAAACGCUCACAGUAGAUCUUGCUUAUGAAAAUGGUAAAUUCGAACGUGUGGAAAUAACAAAUAAAGUUGGGAAAUUUUCAAGUAACUCUACAUUAAGUCCUAAGUUAUUCCAAGCAUUAGUGAAUAGAGAAAUGUACCGCUACGAAAUCCUAAAAUCCAAAGCCGGAGGUGAUGAAAAUGGGGAAGCAUCAAGUGAUCAACCACCAAACCUGGCACAAAAACCCUUUUUGAAUGAUUCAGUUAGUUUACGGUACUAUAACGCUGGGACUAAAUUAAUGGAGUCAAAUGGAAUGAUUGUUACAGUUGGACGAAUCAUUCCACAGAAUGUAUUGAAUUAUGUUAUUUCGUCACAGCUUGAAUAUUCGGUAAAUUUUACUCCUAUAAAAGAUAUAUAUCCAGAUUAUGAUUCAAAAGACAGUUUGAUCUAUAGCACAAGCACCAAUAAAAUGAAUUCAUUUUGGUUUAACUAUUACAAGAGAAUCCCCAUUAUUCCAACGUUUACUAACGAGAGAAAUGUGGUGAGCGAUAUUGAUGAAUUCCUUUCAAAAAUUCAAAGUUUAAAGAUGGAAGUAUUUGGUUCAUUAAAUGAAAAAACCAUUAACAUUAAAGAUUCAGUGAAGGGCACUACAUUUCAACAAUUUUUAUUCUCGAACUUUACUGCUAAUGCUGAAGUUUCAGACUUCCAAAAAGCGUAUAACUUCAAUAUAAUUAUACUCAAAUCAUUGUUUUUUUUAAGCUCUAAGCAGAUUAAUAAUGAAGAAAUUAAUAAGAUGAUACACAUCCUAAAAGAAGAACAAUUAAAAAUCGAGAUGGCUAUAGUUGACUUCAUGAUAGGUUUAGUUUUGAAAUAUUUCACGAACUUGAAAGAACAACUGCUAACCGAAGUUGAUAAAUUCUUGAUAAUUUCAUACGUACUUCAUUUACAGAGUCAAGGAGUAAGUGUCAAAAAUAUAGAGAGUAUACCAGAAAAAGCCGAACUUCUUGUUAAAACUGAUUUUUUUGAAGAAGAAUUUGAAGUCUCCAAAAACGAUAUUAUAGCUGACGACGAAAGAAUCCUUAAGGUUGUUACAUCCAAGUCUGGUCAUAAAUGGUCAAGAUGCUCACUAAGUUUAUAUCCAUUAUUAGAGUUGAAUAACCAGAUGGAUGAAAUGAAAAAAUUCAAUUAUACAGUAAAACAAACUAAUACGGGAUCUAACGAAUCCAUAAUCAAUAACUUAUUAAGUUCAUUAAAUUUCUGUAUUUAUACGGGGAAUAAAACUUAUAAUGUUAAUUGA